AUGAAUUCGCUCAACAUCCUCACCACGCGGGUGGCGCCACCAUCUCGAUCCAACAGCUUGAGCCACCUCGGCUUGGGAACGUCCGAAGACGAGAAACAGGGCGACAAGGUCGACGCAUCCUCGCAGGAUGAUGUUGAAUCGUACCCAGCAGCCUCAAACGAGACGCAGUACGAGGAGAAGUAUGAGGCUUCAGAUGAUACACCUUUGCUAAGCGAGACUGCGGUCGGGAACAAGCGAUCCCGCUGGUGGCACUCAUUACCGCGCAGCCUUGCGUCAAGUAUCCUGGGGUCCAUCCGAUGGGUGUUUGCAACACUGGCCUCUCCUGGCGUGUAUUUGUACGCCUGCUUCUGCGAUGAGCUUGGAUACUUUGCUCCUUGGACCCAGUUCAAGAAGGCACUUGGUAUCCGAAAGGGGGCCAAAGCCAAGACCAUUGCCAACGAAGACGGUGCAUCUGAAAGUGACAGGCGCCUUUCUCCUUCUCAUGCACUCGGAUCACAGCAGCGCAGGCGUGAUCAUUCUAGAUCGUCCUCGAUUGCCGUUUCGUCCGAAUCCGAAUCCGAUGAAUUGCAACCACGAACACGAAGGCACACUCGAUCCAAGUCGGAGAACGUGGAAGAAAUCAAUCCGGCGCGGAAGUCAAUCCGAAUCAAACUCAAUAAUGACGAAACCCUGGAGAAGCGCAGGCACAGAAAGACCCAGUCGGCCGUGGCGCGAGCCAAAUCAAGCGAGCUUGGUCAGGAGGAGCUAUCGGCGCAUCUUAAAUCACCCACGUCUCCCACCACCGCGUUGACCAAGUACCCCCGAGCACCUGCACCUCCCCGUCCUCUGAUCCCGCGCCGGCAGGCCUCGUACCUGAAUCUCGAGCCGCCGCGCAAACCCACGAAAACCUUGAUUCUUGACCUUGACGAGACUUUGAUCCAUAGCAUGUCGAAAGGGGGGAGGAUGGCCACAGGCCACAUGGUGGAGGUGCGACUCAACCCUGCCUCUCUCGGCGCUGGCGCGCAAGUUGGCCCUCACCCGAUCUUGUAUUGGGUCAACAAGCGCCCGUUUUGCGAUGAUUUCUUGCGACGCAUCGUCAAGUGGUUCAACCUCGUCAUAUUCACGGCUAGCGUCCAAGAAUAUGCGGAUCCUGUCAUCGACUGGCUCGAGUCGGAGAAGAAGUUCUUCUCAGCAAGAUACUACCGUCAGCACUGUACCUACCGUCAAGGUGCUUACAUCAAAGACCUCAGCGCAGUGGAGCCAGACUUGAGUUCUGUAAUGAUCUUGGACAAUAGCCCGCUGAGCUACUUAUUCCACGAGGGUGCGUAUGCAAGAUCGCGUACUGAGCCAUGA